AUGUGGACAUGCCGAUGUUGAAGUGUAGUCUCCUCACUGGUGCUGUAUUGUGUCUGUGGCAAACUGUUCUCUUGAAGAAAGUUCUAGUGAGCUGGAAAGAAAAUAACAACAUGCGCUCUUCUCGCUCGUUUGGCCCACGCUUUAAGGAACAUUAGUAUAUGAGAAAUUCCAGAAUUUUAUUAAAAGUGGCGAAUUAGAUGUGAACUUUCUUCUACUGAUUGUUAGUAUUAUAAAGGAUCAUGUGUUAGAGCUCUAGUGUAAGCUAUGGCCCGUGGGCACCAGAAGUUCCAGUCACAGCAAAAAAAUGCCAAAAAGCAGGCAGACAUCAAGAAGAGCAAAGGCCAUGACCAGAAGGCAGCAGCUAAGGCUGCUUUAGUAUACACAUGCACAGUGUGUCGGACACAAAUGCCCGACCCAAAGACCUUUAAGCAGCACUUUGAAAGCAAGCAUCCAAAGUCCCCGAUGCCUCCGGAGUUGGUCGAUGUGGAGGCAUAACAGAUUCACCUUUCAUUUAGUAAGACAGUUGGGUCUGAUUCAGGACAGUCUUCUGUAUUUUGCAAUUUUUCAGAUAAAAUUCCUUCAGUACAACCUCAGUUAUUCAUCAUGCUGUUCAGUAUCAUAAUCGAUAUAUGGGUGUUUUAUCCAGGGAUGGAACAUUCUUGCCUAUCAGCUUGCCUUUGUUUUGUUUGUUUGUUUGUUUGUUUGUCCAUCAAAACUACCUUGACUUGCCAGAAUUUGAUCUGGGACCAGUACUGAAGGUAGACACACAAUAGACAACUACCCUGUCCUGGCUUGUGCUGAAAAUUCUUUUGUGUUUGGCCUUUGAUUGUAUGCAAAAUCUCUGUCUCAACAUUUCAAAAUGUUAUGCUCACAAGACCGGCUUGUCCAUAGGUUAUACCACCAUAACAUCAUCUCAGGGCUCCCGCUGUUUCAGGACAAGCAUUGAAUUUUGUGGAAAACAUUAAUUGGCACUGGUGCAGCUGAACAGAGUUGUAAUACAAAGGCGGUGCUUGGAAAUCAUCUUCUUCCAAAUGCAAUGUACUAUGAAACCCAGAAUGGAUUUUUGAUUGAAACUAAUUUGUGAUGCCCCAGAGUUGGAGUUAUAAUUACGGUUUAUUUAGAGUGACUGGACUGGACUUACUGACGUGACUGGAGUUAAAGUGUUUGGAAAGACACUCAUUCAGAACCACUAAUAAUAUGCUUCUUUGAGUAGAUUCAGAUUUACCUCCAGUCUGCAGUUUUUUUUCCUUACUAAAUAAUUUCAAAAAUAUCAAGACAAGGUUGUGGUUUUUCUUUAUGAAAAAUGUGUUAAACAGUUCGUGCUACACGGGUACUGAAGUUGUCAUCUGCAUUUUGUCAUUGUAAAAAGAAGUAUGUGACAUAAAUGUGUGUGCCACUGUAGUGUGUGAUGAUGAUUUAGUUAAUCACUAUUGUAUUUUGCAGCGGAACCUGUCGGACACUGUCAUCUCAAUGGCAUAUGUGAAAACGAAGUGCAGUCUCAUGCUCUUUAGUAUUAUUUUGUCUCGAUGAUGCAAAAGUAAUUAAUCUCUGAACUACGUUAGACUGUUAGUUUGCCUGGUUCUUAUUUUUAUAUUCAUUUCUUUCCAUAGCAUGCUAACAGACUGAGAAUUAAUUUAUAGAAAUGAACUAUUUUCAAUACAUGUGGGCCUAUUGGUCAUUAAACACUGACAUUAUAUUACUGUGCUAAAGUCUGGACUGACAACCAGCUGUUAAAUGUUUUUACUUUUGUAAUAAUCAUAUCUUUGUCCACACAGUCUUAUGUAUAGCUUUUUAAUAAAGGUGUUACUUUUAUAUUAAC